AUGGGAUUGGAUGGAUCAGUUCCUGGGUUUUCUAGUCCUAGCAGCCAUUCUGCUCUAGUUCUGACAAUUGAGUAUGAUAAUGAUUCAGUGUUUGGAGUAUCAUUUAUAUCAAUUGAGUACUCUAUGGAGAUGUCUUCAGCUGUAUACAAGAAUUGGGUUUUCACUGCCCAAGCAUUACCAACUGAUCUCAUCAAGAGAGGAUUGGCAGUUGACGAUCACACUUCCCCACAUGGCCUUCGCCUUGUGAUAAAGGACUAUCCUUAUGUUGUUGAUGGAUUAGAAAUAUGGGAUGCUAUUAAGACAUGGGUCCAAGAGUAUGUCAACUUGUAUUACUCUAAUGAUAAGGCAGUUGAAAAAGAUACUAAACUACAAGCAUGGUGGAAGGAAGUUAUGGAGAAGGGUAAUAGUGACUUAAAAGAUAACAAAUGGCCUAAAAUGAAGACAUGUCAAGAGCUUAUUGACUCUUUCAUUAUAAUUAUAUACAGUACCCUUAUGGAGGCUAUAUCCUAA